UCCUUAGCUUGACGUUCCUAGUAGCCAAUCGGGGAAAGCAGAAGGAAACCCGCUUUGAAGAGUAGAAGCGUGUGUGUCAGGAGUCGGCCUCAGUGGUUAGAGUACAGAGGAGGACUGUUGUAUCCCGCUGGAGUCCAGCUCUUCCCAUUGUGACAGACAGAGAUCUUUGAAAAGAGGUGCACUUCCAUCUUUGUUGACUUGUACCUGUUGCAGAUGACAAUAUUGAGGGAUCUUCAAGACUUGUUGUUUGUCUUGCACUCAUUUUUAUGUAAAUGAUGGAGAAUCUUAAAGAAGAAUCAAUACUGGAGCCAGAAGCUACCGCCAAGUGCAAUCUUUUACAAAGAGAAACAUCAUUAAAUGAUGAGCUAUGCAACCAGGAGAUGGAUACUCAGGUUGAAGAGCAGCAACCCACAAAGCACUUUUUAAAGCAGGCUGGUGCAGGAGAAACCUCUUUACACGAAGAGCUACUCAACCAGGAGAUGGACACUCAGGGUGAAAAGCAGAAACCCUCAAAACAUCUACUAGAGCAGGAGGGCACAGGCGAAACCUCAUUACACGAGAAGCUAUGCAACCAGGAGAUGGACACUCAGGAUGAAGAUCAGAAACCCACAAAACGCAAACUGGAACAGGCCGGCGCAGGCAAGCACAAGUCUAUUCAGAAAAAGUUGUCCCACCUUGAGGAUUUAGCUAAUCAAGCUGAUGGUCUGAAGAAGCCAUGUCCGCUGUGUCCAGAAGACCUAUUUAAGUCUUGUCCCAUCACUAAGCUUCUGAGACACCUGCAGAACUUUCAUUGGAAAGUCUCUGUUGAAUUUGAAGAAUACAGAAUGUGCAUUUGUUAUUUGCCCUGCUUGCAAAAUACAGCACAAAAUGAAAAUGAGUUGCCCAAUAAAACUAGUGCUCACUACCAUUGCAUCAUCUGUUCUGCAACUGUCGCUCGAAGAAGAACAGAAAUGUUAAGACACAUCAAAUGCCAUGUCGAGAAGGGGGAAACUCAAGUAAUGCCCUCAGUCUUUAGUAGACCCCAGAAAAUUUUACACGAAUCGAACACAGAGGUACAAGUUCUUCCGAAUUGCAACACCCCACAACAAUCCGGAACGUUCUUUAAUCCAAUAAUGAAGACGAAUCGACAGCUGAUCUUUUGUGCCCUGGCGGUAUUAACGGAAGAAAGGCAACCUCUGGAAUGUCUGGAUGCAUUUAGUGCCACAGGCAUCAUGGGAUUACAAUGGGCAAAGCACCUUGGGAAUUCUGUGAAAGUCACGCUCAAUGACAUUAGUGACAGCUCAACUGCUAUUAUUCGGGAAAACUGUCAACUUAACAAGAUGAAGGUGUUAAUGAAAAGUGAAGAGAAAUCUGAAGUAGUGGUCAUAGAAGAAAAAUUUGUGAACACAGUAGAGGUUACACAGAUGGAUGCCAAUGUCCUUAUGCAUACACGAUCUUUUGAUUUCAUACAUUUGGACCCCUUUGGGACAUCUGUGAAUUAUUUGGAUGCAGCCUUUCGAAAUAUCAGAAACCAGGGUAUUGUGUCUGUGACCUCAACUGAUACUGGAUCUCUGUAUGCCAAAACUGUGCAUGUCACAAAACGCUACUAUGGGUGCAACAUCAUUAGGACAGAAUACUUCAAAGAGCUGGCAGUGCGGAUUGUCCUGGCUGCUAUUGCCAGGGCAGCUGCUCGCUGUAAUAAAGGCAUUGAUGUUCUGCUCUCGGUCGCUUUGGAGCAUUUUGUUCUUGUGAUAGUGCGGGUUCUAAGAGGUCCUUCACUAGCUGAUGAGAGUCUAAAAAUGAUCAGCAACCUUAUUCAUUGCCAUUGGUGUGAAGAAAGAAUCUUCCAAAAGGAAGGAACUAUGCUUGAAGAAAAUCCAUAUAAACAGCUGCCGUGUGAUUGCCAUGAAAGUAUGCCUGGAAGAUCAGCGGCCUUGCUUGGCCCAAUGUGGUCUGGCUCCCUGUUUAACACAAGCUUUCUGAGAAGAAUGCUGUACAAAGCAACAUCCCAAGACAUUGUGGAAAUCCACACACUGCUGAAGACCCUCAUAUGUGAAUCUGAAUGCAUAACUGUCAAACAGUUUUCUGUUCAUCCCAUUCAGUACAGUCAAGAAGAAAGUGGAGUUUUAAUUAAAGUUCCAGGUACAGAUGUAUUGUCAGAACCUGGUAAAAGAAAACGGCAGCACAUGAACAUGGUUCCUAAACGUCUAAAGAAUGAUACUCGAGCAGAACAUCCUCCAUUUUAUUAUAGCAUUCACAGACAUGCGAUUGGUGGAUUAAACUUACCAAAAUUAAAUAAAAUAUUACAGUAUCUCUCAGAAGCUGGAUUUCUGGUGAGCCGGACACAUUUUGAUCCAACAGGAAUCCGAACAAAUGCUCCAUUGGCAACAAUUAAAGCAAUUCUUGAGAAGAACAGCUCUCUCUCCCACACUUCACAGUCCAGUAGCUGCAAAGAUACCCCAGAGGCGAUAACAGAAGAAUCACUCACUGAAGAGAUGGCCUCUGUGUCUGAUGUGAAAUAAUAUCCACAUGUUUGAAUGAGGAAAAAAAUCCUUUAUCCAUUUAGACAGUUUUCACACGUAAGACUACGUGAUGCAACUUUCAUACUUGCUCUUGUUACUGGUUUUCAUUUAGACCCACCUGUUAUCCACAAAGCUGACAAUAAUAAAUAGUUGUUUAAAAAUUGG